AUGUCGUGUCGUUGUCGUGCUCUCCGGCACCUUGUCGGGCCGCGAGUGAGGAGGAAGAUGCCCCGCCGAGCCGCGGUGCGCUGCGAGAUCAUCGAGGAUCGCCGCGGCGAGACGGAGGAGAAGGACGAGGCGCGGAUUCCCGAGGACCGCUCAUCGCCGCGGGCGGUCCGCGGACCCAAAGUCACCACCACCGCCCCAUCCACCUCCUCCACCUCGGAGGCGCGCGCGACGCUCGACAUCGGGCGCCCUUCCGUCGCGCUCGCCGCGCUCGCCGAGUUCUCCGUCCUGGCGGCGGACCAGGCCUCGGGCGGACGGAUCUUCCCCGCGUUCGUCGACGCGAACGUCCACGACCUCGUGCUCGCGACGACGCCGCUCGAGAUCAGGGAGGACGUCUUCGCGCACCUCGUCUCGGAUCCUCUCCCGGAGGCGGCGCUCCUCCUCCUGUGCGCCUCGUCCGCCGUCUGCCUGACGACGACGAGGAGACCCACCACGGGGCGGGACGAUGCAUCCGGUGGGAGGGACGACGAGGACGACGACGACGGGGCCCGGGACGAUGUCGUUCGGCGCGUCGCCGCGUCGUUCGCCAGCUGUGUCCUCGCCGCGCCCCUCGUGGAAUCCGCGCUAAAGCCGUUUUUCCACAGAGCGAGGCCCCUACCAAACGCGUCGACGUUCAGCUUCCCCAGCGGGCACUCCCUCGGGUGCGCGGUGGCGGUGGGACUGUGGCUGUUCGUGAUGCUCGAUCCGACGUGGAGGGCGAUCCGACGUGGACGAGCGCGUGGGGGGACGACACGUGGCGAACUCGAGGAGGCGCCCGUGUCUCGCGAGGCUCGAGCGCUCGCGUGGUUUUUCUGCGUCUACGCCACCGCGAGCGGCCGGAUCUUCGCGGACAGACACUGGCUCAGCGACACGAUGGCGGGGGCGGCGCUGGGGGUGUUUAUGGUGUCGUGCGUCGUGGGGUUCGUCGAUCGGGGCAAGAGGCGGGGGAGCGAACGGCGCGGACCGUCAUCUUAG